AUGAAUACCCCUCCUCCACGGGCCAGUUCUGAAAUGUCAUGGUUCAGAGACCAGUCGCCGGCUACGUCAAAGACUCCUUCAACACCUCGUCAGGGCUCUAGAAGCUCAGAUAGCGGUGUCUCCACGCUCGUAAACCCUACGUCGUCUCUCCUGCAAGGCCUUAUCAAAGAACAACGGGCAUCUCGUGGAGCGAGGGGAACUCUCACCGAGGUGAGCGAUGAGGAUGGUCUACGAACACCAGAACCACUCCAGGAGGAUACACCUUCCGAGAGGCAGAGGAAAAUCAACGGUGCCCUUUCAGCGGGUCUCAAACAACCCCGAGAAAUGGGCGUCAGAGAAAUGGAUCAGUAUGUCUCGAAAAUCAAUAAACUCAACUUUGACCUUAAGCUUGAAAUCUUCCAUCGUACGCAGCAGAUGGCAGCUCUUGAGCAGAAGCUGGCACGGAUGCAAGAGCUAGAGAACGAGCUCAAGCGUAUGCAUGAGCUGGAAGAUGAAUUGGACGAGCUCCGAAACGUGGAGGACGACAACCAGAGACUGCGAGAAUCAAACGAGGAGCUGCGGGAGGAACUCGAUAAGCGGGACCAGGCCAUCACCGAGGCCGUCGAACUCAUCUGCCAACUUGAACAGAAGGUCGAGGAACUUGAAGAAACCGGUGACAUUUCGCGAAAUUCCACACCUCGUCCUCACAGUAGCGAUGGUCCAAGGGGUUCUGAAUUACUCGUUCCGGAAAAGACACCUCCCGCACCCAUCGCGUUCGAUAUUCCGGAAAGGAAAUCCUCCAGGCGAGGAACGAGCAUGAACAACAGCCGUCAGGUGUCUUUAGAAUCUCGCCACCUCAAGAGAGCCCCGUCUUUCCUUCGCGAGGAAAACAGAAACACCGCCACUCUACGAAGUCUAUAUGCCCCUAGUCACAAACAAUCUCAUAGUCCAUCGAGCGUUGUGACAAAAACGGAGAGCGUCCCAUCCGUCCAUGAUGGUGCCGAGUCACCUCGAUUGAGUGUUUUGAGCGAAUGCAGUGAUCUCAACCCGUUUGACAGCCCGACUAGACAAAAGGGAUUCGAUCAGCUUCAAAUACCUAUACGUUCUAAGCCGGUAUCUAUCAGCACGACAGAUAGCUUUUUACCGGACCUCGAAGAAUAUCAGGGACCUCGAAUCCGCGUCGACCAAUGGAUCUCCCCUCGGCCAGAUCCCUUUGAGAUCAACAUGCAAAAGCGGCGGAACCGUGCUUCCCUUGACGUUCUCAAGCAGCCAUACCAACUCAACUAUGAAGAUGGGGCAGUCUUCAAUCGAGAGUCCAAAAAUAGCUCCCUCGACCAGAAGUCUCGCGCCAAGACAACCGUUUAUGGGGGAUCCCGACUACCCCCUACUCCUGACACGAUGAGCACAGCUCACGCUGGCACCACUAAUCGGUCAAAUGGUAGUAGUGACAAAGGCACAUCUGGACAGAAUUCUUUGAAUCAGGGGCAUCAGUUGGCAAGGCCUCGAUCGGCGGACGAGCUGACGCUGCGCCGAGACUCCGGGAACAGUGAGCUCGCAGACAGCUUGGAUUUGAGCUGUGGACCUAGCAUGGAUCACGAUAGGGAUGAUGACGUUCCGACUCUCUUCCCAUUUGGUCUUGAGCUACCUAAAGCUGCCGAACUGCUUGGCCCCGCGGAGCCCCUCACGUCGAAGCGCAGCCGCAUCUUCAAGGAAGAUGGGAUGGAGUCCAUCUACCCUUCAAAUGAAGAAGGGCAUUCUCCAUCCGUGAGACCUACCAUACCCAUAUCACAGACCCCAGAACCUACAUAUUCAUCGCCCCCGUUGACGCCACAAGACUGGAUUGAUGCUGCUAAAUUGAGUCCUCGUCCCCGGAUAAGCAUGAAACGUAGAGCUGCGCCGGUGGAUGAGGACUCGCCAAACGUACCACAGGCUGGUACACAUCAUCACCAUGGUCUGGCGGGUAGCCGAGCUCCCAGCCAGACGGCUUUCCUUUCCCGUCGAUUCAGCAUUGGUUCUGGCCUGGAAGAACCCGAACUCCAUUUAGACCAGACGCUUCCCAAUCCUCCGCGAGCAGUGGCCCAGGAGCAGGAGCCAAAGAAACGACGGAGCCUUCGGCCCACCUUCUUUGGUCGUUCCCAUAACGCGCGGCGUCUUCAGCCCUCACCGAUUGCGGAGCCCGUUGUUGUGCCAGAUGACAGUGCACCUUCACCCAUCAUUCGGAAGACAAGACAGGCCACUAUCGGGAAGCGUGAUGGCCCAGUGGCUGGACAUGGAAAUGUGUGUGCCCUUCCUAUGCCUACUUACGCUGAAGGCAACACGCGCGAUAUCACUCCUCAGUCGCUCUCCCAGUCAUUCACAGAGUCGCACAUCUCCUCAUAUGGAAGCCUUGGACGACCAACGAGCUCUCACGGGGCUGAACACAAGCGUCGCGGCUCGCUCGGGAUCUUUGGAUGGAUGAAGCAAUCGGGCACCAAGCGCUCAGAACCCAGCUCGCCCGUGGCCUCGAACCCUUUCCUAGGCGAAGGAGUCGUUCGUGAAAGAGAAAGAGAACGAGCCUCCUCGCGCUUGGCGUACGAGAGCCCUGCUCCGGACGUUGAUCCCCCUGUUUCUUGCUCCCGCGGUGCAGCGCUCGACGCAGAUGUCAUUGCAGCUAAUGCCAAAUAUCAGUCUCGCAUUGGCGAGGAAGAAUCCGCACGUCGACCUCGCUAUAUGGAUCGACGAGCUCGGCGUGCUUGA